AUGCGCCACCUGCUCCGAAGCGAGAACCGGUCGAUCAACCAUCUUCUCUCGCCACCGAUGACCUUCAGCAAUGACAACCCUGUUUCUGCCAGCAUGACGCAUUUCAAAUUCGUGCAGAUCCGAGGCUUCGGUAGACGAGAAACCGUAAGCGAUAUGAUCGUCACACUGCACACUCGGAGCUUCUUUCUGGUACAUCUCGCGGGGUUAUGA